CCAGCUCUGGCAUACCCUCUCAUUAAGAUGGGAAAUGCCUCCGAAACGUUUCUGCUCGUGUCCAGAAUAUCGAAAGACAAUGACUUCCUCAUGGGAACUCUCUAUACCAUUUUUGGUGUGCUGUCGGUGCUGGGGAACGGGAUCUUGCUGUUCGUGGCCUAUAGAAAGAAGUCCUCCUUGAAGCCAGCAGAGUUCUUUGUGGUUAACCUCGCCAUCAGUGACCUGAGCAUGACCAUCACCCUGUUCCCACUUGCUAUCCCUUCAGCCUACGCUCACAUGUGGCUAUUUAACAAAACGACCUGUACUGUCUACGCCUUCUGUGGCGUUUUGUUCGGCCUGUGCAGUCUGACCAACCUCACAGUGCUCUCCUGUGUCUGCUGGCUCAAAGUUUGCUGCCCAAACCAUGGUAACAAGUUUUCCUACUGCCAUGCCUGUCUGCUGGUUGCCGGGGUCUGGUGCUACGCUGGAGUGUUUGCUGUAGGUCCCCUGUCAGGUUGGGGAGAAUACGGGGCUGAGCCUUACGGCACAGCAUGCUGCAUCAACUGGCAUGCACCCAGCCAAAACUCCGCAGCUAUGAGCUACAUCAUCUGCCUCUUCUUCUGCUGCUACAUUGUGCCCUGCACUGUCAUCUUCCUGUCCUACACAUUCAUCCUGCUGACUGUCCGGGGCUCCCGCCAGGCUGUGCAGCAGCACAUGUCCCCACAGAACAAGAUCACCAAUGCACAUGCACUUAUUAUUAAGCUUUCUGUGGCAGUUUGCAUCGGUUUCCUGACAGCAUGGAGUCCAUAUGCUAUUGUGUCCAUGUGGGCAGCGUUUGGUAACCCAGCAACUGUUCCCCCCAUGGCUUUUGCUCUGGCAGCUAUGUUUGCCAAGUCCUCCACCCUUUACAACCCUAUUGUCUAUCUGGUCUUCAAGCCCAACUUCCGCAAGUUCCUCUGUCGGGAUGUGGCCCAGUGCAAAAGGACACUCUGUGGAUGUAUGUGUCAACGCAGCUCCACACAGAAGGGAACUUGCAGGCAACCUCACCACAAAGAAGACUGCAACUCUACAAGAUUGUCAAAUGGGCUACCGGAGAAUCACGGUACCUGCAGACACUGUCCGUGCCCUGAAGCAGUCGCUGGCACCAGAGAAAACUUUACAGACUAUAGCCCCCAGCAGACUGCCAGGAUACUUAAAGGAUCACACCAUAGUGAGGUGGCUGUCAGUCAGCUCUCCAACGAGUUGCAGAGCGACUUCCUCUAAAUUCAAACUCAGCCAGACAGUGUGAAAGUGAGCAAACGAAGUGGAAAAGAGAAAAAGAUGGCAAGAUAGAAGGUUGAAAGACAUUAACUGCAAGUCAGGGAAAAGGGAAAACGUAAUAAAAAACUAAAAGAUUAAUGAAGGAAAAUAAUGUUGGAACUGUGAAGGUCAAAGUUUAAAGACUAAGAACUUGCCUCAUGCCUCAAAUAUGUG